AAUGAAAACAUCAAAGACCAUAAAAGAACCUCUGAUCAGACUUCUCGGUACGAUCGGUUGGCUAAAGCAGAAUGAACACCAAAUUUUCGUGGAUUUUUGUGGCUCUUCUUGUAAGUUCGUUUGUAUGUUGGAGUAGCACAUUUGCGCCGGGCCAGCAUAACCCAAAGAUGCGUUAUGGAAAACGACAUUUUGUCCCACAAUCCAACCGUGCAAAUGUAAGUUGAUUAAUAGCAAUGCAUGUCGAAUCAUUUCUUCAAGGACUGUUUUUCACUUUCAAAAUAAUUUUUUUCCCUCUGAUUUACAUGGAAAGGUCCGCUCUCUUUAGCUUUUUUUUUUUCCUUGCUUGUUUUCAGUUUCCAUAUUUGUUUGCAUUACAGGAAUACCUCCCUCGAGCAUGGCUGAAAAAAUCCGUUGAAGAUACUGCAAAAAAGCAGUUCAAGGCACGGCUUGAAUGAGGCACGUCAUCGGGCGGAGUUCAGCAAUCAGUUAUCGAGUUUAAAAAAUUAAGUGAACGAUUUAGGUCUAACAUAUUUCUUUUAGAGUUAUUUUAACGAAUUUAUUGCGUAAGGUAUGAAUUAUUUUUGUAAUCAAACAGUUCUAAUUAAAAGGUAAACCCUGUAAGGCUGACAUGGAUCUGAUGACAUCAUCAUUCACUCAUAUCUCUAUUUCAAGUGACAUCGUCAUUAGAUUUAGUUAGCUUUGAUGUAAAAGAAGCAAGAACUUAACGGAAUGUUACCUCCGUAAACUAAAAGUAUGAUUAUUGUAAUUCUGAAAAAUGACUUUCUCAAAUAUUAAAGGUCAUGUUAAAAAAAAUACUCUUUAAUAGACACAGUUAGAGCUUAACUCAACAGGGUGAUUUUGUUAUACGACUAGACUCUCACUCAACAAAACGAGCACUGUGAUUGGUCGAUUCGUCUCGGGAAAUAUCAGGACUUGAGGGAAAACAAGUGGGCCAUCCCUUAAGUACUUUGUUAUAUAUUUAGGGACCAUACAUUAAGUGAAUAUUGGUUCGACUGUACAAAGUACAGAAAGUUUAACACCUAGCUAUUACGCUCCCUAUACAACUUGUUGCCCAAUUGAGCGGCGGUUUUGUUUUAAGAAUGAUUCCGUUUGGACUGCACCGUGAUUGGGAG